AGCCAUGUUCCCAUGGCUAGCCUUUGGUCACAUGAUCCCCUCUUUAGAGCUCGGCAAGCUCAUAGCCCGAAAAGGUCACCGUAUUUCAUUCAUAUCAACCCCAAGAAAUAUUGAACGCCUCCCCAAGAUCCCACCAGAUUUAGUACCUUUGAUUACUUUCGUGAAGCUUCCCUUACCCCACGUAGAGAACUUGCCAGAAAACGCAGAAGCCACCAUGGACGUACCACACCACAUAAUCCCCUACCUUAAGAUAGCCCACGAUGGUCUCCAACAACCUUUGUCUCAUUUUUUAGAAACUUCGGCUCCUGAUUGGAUUAUUCACGACUUUGCCCCUCACUGGUUACCACCAAUUGCUUCCAGGCUAGGCAUCUCCCUGGCCUUCUUCAGUAUUUUCAACGCAUCAACGUGGUGUUUCCUUAAACGAAUUACAACAGGGUCGAGGAGAAUGAAGCCAGAGGAUCUCACUGUCCCUCCCAAAUGGGUCCCGUUUCCAACCAAAAUAGCGUAUCGAUUCUUUGAGGCGAAGAAAAUUUUUGACAGCAUAUUUGAAGACAAUACUUCCGGUGUUUCAGAUUGGUUUCGUAUCGAGACGGUGACCUCAGCCACCGAGGCCUUUGCUAUUAAAACCAGCACGGAGGUGGAAGGUGAGUGGCUGAAGCUCCUUGGCGAGCUUUAUGAUAUACCUGUAAUUCCGGUGGGCUUAUUGCUUCCCUCGACGCCGCAAGAAAGUGGAGACAACAACAAAGAUAGCACAUGGGGUACGAUUGGUGAGUGGUUAGACAAGCAGCAGAAAGGAUCAGUAGUUUAUAUAGCACUCGGGAGUGAAAUUCAACCAAGUCAACAGGAUUUCACAGAGCUGGCUCUUGGACUGGAGCAAUCGGGGUUGCCCUUCUUUUGGGCUCUAAGAAAGCGGAUUGAGCUACCGGAAGGAUUCGAGGAGCGAACGAGAGGUCGUGGGGUUGUUUGGACGGGUUGGGCGCCUCAGUUGAAGAUAUUAGCUCACGACUCGGUUGGGGGUUUCCUGACUCACUGCGGUUGGAGUUCGGUGACGGAGGCGUUUCAAUUUGGACGCGCACUUAUUCUUUUGCCCUUCUUGGGUGACCAAGGAUUGAUAGCAAGGUUUUUGGAAGAGAGACAUGCAGGAGUUGAGGUGCCCAGAAAUGAGUACGACGGGUCGUUUAGCAGUGACUCGGUGGCCCUAACGCUGAGGUUGGUGAUGAAGGAUGAGGAGGGGAAGAUUUAUCGCGACAAGGCUAAGGAAAUGAGCACCGCAAUGGGAGGGAAGGAGCUCCAGUCCAAAUACAUUGACAAAUUUGUUGAGUUUCUUUGGAGCCACAGCCAUGUCGACAAGAGUACGUUGGGUUAAUCUUUUUUUCAAACUGUGUGACAAAAAAACAAAAACAAAAAAAGUUAUGUAAACAAUGCAAUAAUGUAAGUUGGCAUGAAUUUGCCUCUUUGUUGUUUUUUUA